AUGGAGCAAUUAAGGAAAGAAUUUCAAAGAUAUGAUGCGUUUGGGGAUGGAAGAUGUGAUCCAUCUCAAUUUAGGAAUGUUCUUUCAAAGUUUGGGGUAACCAAUGGAGUGAAUAAUGUCAUUAAACGGUUCAUAUCUAACGGACGAGUCGAUUACAGAGAGUUUUUAGGUUACUUUGAACAGUCGAGAAAAGAGAAAGCCUCCCUUCCUCCAUCCAAACAACAAACAACAACCUCUUCACAUCAAGCAAAUGAAAAUUCAAUAUCUUCUCCGAGAACACCAACGUACACUCUGGACAAGAAAGCAACAAACCAAGAGUCUCUGGAGAUCAAGCUCUUUAACUUCCGCAAAACAAUCGAGAAGGAGCUGAAGAAAAUAGACCAACAAAAUACUGGUUUGGUUGCAAAAGAUUCCUUCACUCAUGUUCUUGGUAAAUGUGGAUUCGAGAACACAGAAGCCAUCAAUACUAUUGUAGGAAGUGUAGGCAAAGGAGAACAUGUUAACUAUGAGCUCUUUUUGUCUCUUAUUGGUCCAAAUAAUAAUGAGCUACAUCCAUCGAUCAAUCUUCCACAAAGAGGAGUCCGAAAUGACAGGAAAGUUUUUCAUGAGCUCAAUUCAUCUUUUUACGAUCAACUCAAACACAAUGACCCUUUGAAUUGCGGCUUAAUAGAUGAGAAUCUGUUCAAAAACGUUGUUGUAAACAAUUUUCCUUCUAAUUAUCUUCCAUCUCUCAACGAGAAAAUUAAGGAAUGUACUUCUGAAGGUAGAGUUGACUACAACCAAUUUGUCGUUAAAAUGUUAGAAGAAAAAAAGUCAGCAAAUCCUGAAUAUUCCCCCCGAGGAAUUAAAACCUAUCCAACAAAAUCUUCAGAAGUACUGGACGCACAAUUAAAUCCAGAUGCUAAGCCAAGAUUUGAAGGAUCUUUAGCGACAUUUCCAAAAAAAGACAGUGUCAGGGAUAUUUUAACAUUCAAUCCAGAAGUACAUGUGGAGAUGCAACAAAAAAAAAGAUACAAUUCACCUACUUUCAAAUCAGAGUUUUCUCUUGGAGUGGCAUCUGAGGAAAGCAAAGCAUCAAAAAUAUUGCCAUCUCCGUUAAAGUCGCCUUUACUUCAAUUUUCUGAAUACGAGAAAGAGGAAAAAAAGUAUGGGAAAAAAAUAUCACCACACAAAGAAUUGACGAAAGAGAGGACCCCCUCCAAGAAACAUUUUCAAGCAACAGUUAUCGAUGAAUCUGAUGACAACCCACUAUGCAAUCCAUUGUCAGAAAGUUCAUAUAACCAGAUUCAAGAAAUGAAACGAAAAUCAUAUGAACUUAGAGAAGCAAUCAACAAAGUAAGAGAUGAGUUGAAGAAAAACAAAACUUUAAAGAACCAUCUUAACGAUUCUCUCGACACUUUUGGAGAAAUAUCAAGUACAGAUAUGAAAACUAUGAUUUUGAAGUCUGGAGUUGGUUUGUCGGAGGAUCAGUUGAAUUAUGUUAUUAACAAGUGUGAUCGCAAUAAGGACGGCUUUAUUGACUACUAUGACUUCAACACCUUAAUGGUAGGAGUUGGAGAAUCAGCCUUUGAAACCCAUCUUCUACACAAUGGCCUACUUAAACAAGGAACAGAAGAAAAGAAACCAAAACCAAAAAAACAGUUCCCUGAUGUACCAACAUUCAAAGACCAGAUUCAGGUGGGCACAAAACAAGAAGUGAAUCCUUUCCCAGUCUCAAAAUUGGAUUACAAAAUUUCUUCUGAAGAAGUAUUUGAGCAAAAACAAGUUCAAUCUGUGGAUGAUCAAAAAUCAGAUAUAUUGUGCGAGCCAAGCCAGACAAUUGUUCAAGAGAAACAUGAGGUUGAGGAACAAAGCUCACCACCUCCACAUGUCACAGAAUCAGAGGCAAACAUUUCGGUUGUACCUCCUUCUCCAGCUUUAUCAUCAAAACAUACAGAGUUUUCGACAAAAGUGAACAGCAAGUUGCUUGCCUUUACAGUCGCCGACAAACUCAAAUCGUUAGCUCCUUCCAUGCAAAAAGCCUUUAAAACAUUUUCUCUUGACAAAGAUGGAACAAUUUCUCAAAAAGAGUUUUACAACGGGCUAACAAAGAUGGGAAUCACUAUCUCUCCAGACGAGGUUGAUUCACUAAUUUCAGGAAUAACAAAAGACAAAAAAUUGAAUUUUUCAAACUUUUCCAAACUUGUUGACAGUUCCUACUGGGGGUACAACAAACAUCAAAAAUUGGUUGAUGAAACUUCUCCAAGACGUUCAAGCAAAGAAGAAGAAAUUAUCAACAAACGAAUAAGAGCAGAACUUAUCGAAAAUACAGGAAUGAAACCUAUUCAAAUACGGGAAUCUAUUCGUUGCCUUGAUAACGAGAAACAACUGUCCCUAUCCCCUGAAAAAUUUAGAAAGGCCUUACAAUCCAUCAAUCCUUCAUUACCUGAUUGGAUUUUGGAUAGAGCUGUUAGAACGAGUGAACUAGAUAAUGGUCGAUGUGAUUACAACAAAUUUUUACGUGAUAUAGGAAUCAAGUUACCGGACGAUACAAACAUGUUCAAGCACUUACAGCAAGCUGUUCCAAAACGUGAUAUCUUUCGCGUCGAAGAUAAGGUUGAUGCCUUAGAUUUAAAGUCUUUAAAUAGAGUACCUAAUGAUGUAGAAGUUAUUAUUGAUUGCCAAACACCAAGAAAAGACGAGCAAACGCUCGAAAAAUCAAUGGGAAAGAAAAAAACAAUUCUCUUAAACAGCUCAAUCAGUGAUCUACUGGAGAACGAAAAUGCGACUUCCCCAAGAAUGACGCCCAAAGGAGUGAGAUAUUCAAGCACACCUCCUUCUCGUAAUCCUCUUUUUGGUGAAGAAUCCAGCUCGUCUGGUAUAAAGGUUGGAUACUCCUCCAAGCCAAAAGAAGAAGCCGUGUCAUCUAAAAAAGUGUUUGAAAAAGACCACAGUUUGUCAUCCGGUAUUGGUUCAUUUGUGAACGAUGUACCCGAGAUCCACAGCCCUAGGAAAAUGCUCAAUCUUCAGCUCAAUUCAUCAUUGGACCUGUCUGGAAACCUGCCAAUUACAUUGCCAGAGAAAAAGUCCUCUAAGAAAUUGUAUUCCCAAAGACACAACACUGAAAUUUCCACAAUGGAAAACCGAGAACCACAAAGUCCAAGGUCCAAGCAAUCUCAACAUGUAAAACCUGAAACCAGAGAACUCUUGUUUUCCAAAAUGGAAGAACAUCACAAGAGCGCAAAAGAUGCCUUCAGAAAAAUGGAUUCAGCCAACAAGGGCAGUCUAUCGGUAGAAGAUGUUCAGAGAGUGUUUAAAGAUAUGAACGUUCAUGUCACAAAAGACGAGAUCAAAAAGGUAUUUAACCUUGAGGAUAAAGGAAAUGCCCAACCUAUAAAGUUUGGGCAAUUCGCAUCCACAUUUAAGCCAGCAGAGAUUGCUAAGAACGAAACGCCAAUUUCUCCUCGUACGAAAAUUGCCCCACACAACCAAUCCAGUUUAGGUUAUUUGCUAAAAGGAGAGGGAAAGUCAACACAAGAAACACGCAGUAGAUCCGUGCCAAACAGAAGAGACAUGUUUAGAAGUCUAAGUGGAAAUAUUAUUUCAUGGCAAGAAUAA